ACUGCUUUACAGCCCACAAAUACAAUUUUAUUUUUUCCAGUUUCACUCCUGUUUUCCAUUUAUCCUAUGAUUCCAUUCCCUUUCCUCUUCCCUCUUCCCUCCACUCUGUACUCUCUCUCUCUCUCUAUCUAAUUAAUUUUUUUUUUGUUCUGUUAAUAAUUUGAUUUAGAUACCCAUUUUCUUUUCCUGCUAUUCUUUCCUGGUUCUUGUUUUUGUAUCAAUCUUCUUCAGCUUCAAUUUUUAUCAUUUUUUUCCCCAGUUUCAGUUCUGUUGAAUUGAAUUGAAUUGAAUUGAAUUGGUGGGUAUUCUGUAUUUCACUAUUGAGGUGAGGGUGGUAAACCCUGAUUGUCUGUGUCGGCGCGAGGUCAUUGUCUGUCGGUAUUGUCGGUAUUCGACGAUGUUACACAGAGAAGGCAUUUCCGAUUAAAUAAUCACAAAGUACAGUAGAGAUGCUUGUGGCACAAGGGGGGUUAGUUACAGAAUUAGAGUAGCACACCCAACCCAACAAGUAGUUGCAGGAUCGAUUCCGACCCGGCAACUCAAGUGGUUGUUUCGAAUUGGAAGUUCAUGCCUGGUCGUAAUCACUCAUUACUAUUCAAUCUUCACUAUUCACUGUAGUGGGUGCGGUUGCUUCCUUUGAACCCUUCAUCCUCACCCAAUUUAUCAAUCUGGGAAGGGAGUUUUUUGGGUUUCUGGAUUCGACUUCACGUUCUCUCGAUCUGUUGAAGGCGAUUCAAGAUGGGAAUGUGGAUCAAUUCUGGUCUUGCUCACGACGGCAUUUGGAAAAUUGAUUAGAUCGAAUGAAGAAGAGCUGCAUAAAGAUCGCAUUGCCUUCUUUGUCUGGGAAGAUAUUGCAGGUUCAAUGUAUAGGGAUACUUACUCUGAGACUGCCAUUCCCCGUAGCUGAAGUGAUUCUGUACCAAAUGUCAAGGACUCUUGUUGCGGCAUUAAUUGGAGGUGCUGCAGGAGCCGUGGCUUUGGUGGGAAUGGUAAUAGUAUUUCUAUGGUUCUGCCUGUCUCAAAACAGAAGCGUUUCAAGAACGUCUGAGACCGGUUCAUCUGAUCCAUCUGUUCAAGCGGGAAGAAACAUCGGAGUUGAGUUGCCUUUAGCAGGAGGUAUACGUCUUCCACCCGAGUCACGUGAAGCUAGGAGUUUUCCAAUGGAGGAUUUGGCUUCGGCUACAAAGAACUUUAGCGAUAUUAAUUUGAUUGGCGAAGGAAAAUUUGGGAAGGUGUAUAAAGGUUUACUAAAUGAUGGAAUGAUUGUGGCCAUAAAAAAGCGACCUGGGAUGCCAACCCGGGAGUUUUUUGAGGAGGUGCGUUAUCUAUCAUCCAUUCAGCAUCGGAAUCUUGUCAUCCUUCUGGGAUACUGCCAGGAAAAUGGUCAACAAAUGCUUAUCUACGAGUAUAUACCCAAUGGAAGUGUUUCUAGUCACUUAUAUGGUACAGGUCAGAUUUCCCAUGAGAAGCUAGAAUUCAAGCAUAGACUUUCAAUAGCUUUAGGGGCAGCUAAAGGUUUGGCGCACCUUCACUCAUUGAGCCCCCGUUUGGUACAUAAGGAUUUCAAAACAGCCAAUGUUCUCGUAGAUGAAAAUUUCAUUGCUAAGGUUGCAGAUGCUGGACUUCGCAGUUUACUUGGUGGAGUUGAUGUUGCAGGUCCAUCUUCUCAAAUGAUGGCUGAUGAUAUUUUCCUUGCUCCAGAGGUGAAAGAGUUUGGAAGAUUCUCGGAAAAAAGUGAUGUGUACAGCUUUGGGGUAUUCAUGCUGGAGUUGGUGAGCGGUCAUGAAGCAGAUCAAUCUGUGUCUUCUGGACUUGAUCAAAACUUGGUUGAAUGGGCACAAAAUUAUCAGGACUCAAGCAACAUAUCCUCAAUUAUUGAUCACAAACUGGGCAGCAAUUUCACUACUGAAGGCAUGAAAGAGUUCAUACUGCUGUCCAUCCAUUGUGUGGAUUUAUCUAGUGAAAGGAGGCCCAACAUGAACCAUGUGGUAGCGGAACUCGAUCGGAUACUUGAGAAAGAAAUGAAUUUGACAACAGUCAUGGGUGAAGGCACCCCAAUUGUGACUCUUGGGAGCCAGUUAUUUACCGCUUCAAGAUAAAGAGUGUUGCUAUAGCUUUGGGGUAUUAUGUGAUCUUUGUGAAUUAUUCUUUGUGAUUGGCAGUAUUGUUUAUGUGUUCUUUAUUUAUGUGAUCUUUGUGAAUUAUUCUUUGAGAUUUAAAGUAGAAAAUCCAGCUGCUUGGUAAGUGUAUAAAAGAACAGCUGUAACUUUUUUUUUUCUAUUUUCUUUUUACCCAUAAAUGUAUGAGAAUUCAUAUUGUACAACAUUAUUUUUUGGAAAUAUCAGUUUGCAGAUUGAUGUUA